GUUUAUUCAUUUUACAGCGGAGCAGCAGCAACAGGAUGAAUCGAUUUUUGUGGAAAAAACGACAUUCUGUUGAGGAGCUUGAGUCUGAAAUUCUGGAGGAACCAUGGAGGGAACUAAACUGGGAAGAAAAAGAGAAGAACCUUAAAUAUGUGCAGGAAUACAAACCAGAAAAAGAUGACAUCAAGUACCUCCGAGUCCUUCUUUACGGACCAGUUGGAUCUGGGAAGUCCAGUUUCAUCAACUCUGUCAGUAACGUCAUUCGAGGUCGGAUGUCGAUUCCUGCUUUGGCCAGCGCGAUAACAUCUUAUCAAAGCUUCACCAGAAAGUACGAGACUCAUAAGUUCAUUAAAGGACGAGGAAGCUCAAAGACAUUUUAUCCUCUGGUCUUCAACGACAUCAUGGGUCUGGAAGAUGGAACCGACAGGGGAGUUCAUGCUGACGACAUCAAACUGGCUUUGGAGGGUCAUGUGAAGGAAGGCCACAAGUUCAACCCAGUUGCUCCAAUAUCUCAGGAUGACCCAGGUUACAACCCGACCCCCUCUGCUGAUGACAAAGUUCAUGUCCUGGUCUGUGUGAUGUCUGCCAACACUCCACAGAUGAAUUCAUCCAUUCUGGAGAAAAUGAAGAGCAUCAGAGAAACAGCCAGUGAGCUGGGAAUUCCUCAGAUGGCCAUGAUGACCCACAUUGAUGAAGCCUGUGGUGAAACUGAGAAGAACUUGAGGAAUGUCUACAAGAGCAAGUACCUGAGAAAAAAGAUGAAAGACUUCAGCUCAGCAGUGGGAAUCCCAGUGAACUGCAUCUUCCCUGUGAAGAACUACAGCGAAGAAAUCGACUUGAACGUUGAUAUUGAUACUCUGAUCCUCAGCGCUCUGAAGAAUAUGAUCAACUUUGGAGACGACUUCAUUGAGAAGAUUUAAACUGAUAUUUAAAAAAAAUAAUAAUGAGGGGGAUUUGGUUCAGUUACCUCCAAUAUACCAAAUAUAUACAGCUACAGCUUCAUAAAGUUAUAUUAUAUAAAUUGUGGAAUCCAGUUUUGGACUCAAGUAGUAAAAGGAAAACAUUUAGUAGAAUUUGUUUUAAAUCAGAACUCAAAAAAAUAUAUUGUUUGCUGCAUUUGGGCUAGGUUUUUAUUUUCUUAAACAACUAAAGAGUUUAAUGAUCAUUUGGGUCACGCAUUUGGGUUGUGUGAUUUUAUGUGACAUUUCUUUUAUCUUUUUGAUUCAUCGGUUUUUCGGCUCUGUUUUUUCAGGUACUUAUGAAGUACAUUGUCAUUUGAAAUAGUUACAUACAUUACAUGUACAAUGGUGGUGCCCACAUAAACCUUUUCUUCUCAUUAAAACUUUUCAUAAAUUGCUAUUCAUUGUGAUACAAUAUUAAACAUCUCUGGGCAGUUUGGUUCAUUGGAGUUGAUGUAAUUCUGACAUAAGAUGAUUAAAUUUUAUACCAGAAGUUUGA